AUGGACCAAGCAGCCUCCAUAGUAAAGGAGCAUCAUGAUGCUAUCAUCAAUGCCAUCAAACAGGUUGUCCAGCGCGACUGGAGGAUCCUAAUAGUCGACGACGUCUCCAAAAAGAUUAUCGACAAUUCCGUCAAAGAAGAUGACAUUCUCAAUGUCAAUAUCGCCAAUAUCCAACAAAUCGAGGAACCGAGAGACGAGAAUUCGGGCAUGGAUGCUAUCUACAUCUUGUCGCCCCGUCCGCAUAUCGUCGAAUGCCUCAUCCUUGAUUUGGCCAAGGGCCGCUACCGCAACUCUACCGUGCUAUGGACAGGCAUUCUUGGGAGGGAGCUGAGGGCACGACUAGCCACUGCUCCUCAGAAAAUAGAUUCGCGACCGCUAUUGAUUGACUUCUUCCCUCGCGAGUCACAUCUGGUGUCUUUUAAGGACCCAUAUAGCUUCCCCAUACUAUAUAACCCGAGCUGCGAGGCCGUUGCAAUGCCGCAUUUGGACGCUCUUGCUCAAAAGAUUGCCGCCGUAUGCAUAACAUUGGGCGAGUAUCCAAAGAUCAGGUUCUUCGCACCCAGGAACAACGAAUACCGUGCGAGCGCACUAUGUGGACGCCUUGCCUCGCUCGUACAAGACGAGCUUGAUGCUUACAAACAGUUCAAGGGCGACUUCCCGCCGCCAACGACACGGCCACAAGGUUACCUACUGAUUGCGGACAGGUCGAUGGACUUGAUGGCACCAUUGGUUCACGAGUUCACGUACCAGGCGAUGGCGCACGACCUCCUCCCCAUCAAGGAAGGCGACAAAGUGACCUUCCAUAUGACUGUCAACGAGGGCACGCCAGAGGCCGAGGAGAAAGACAUGGAAUUGUCUGAUAAAGACAAGGUGUGGGUGGAGAAUCGGCAUCGGCACAUGAAGGACACGAUUGAAAAGCUCAUGAGCGACUUCCAAAACUUCAUCAAGCAGAACCCCAACUUCACCAACCAAACCCAGGAUACGACGAGUUUGAAUGCAAUCAGGGACAUGUUGGCUGGCCUGCCACAGUUCCAGGAAAUGAAAGAGGCCUAUUCGCUUCACCUCACCAUGGCUCAGGAGUCCAUGAACAUCUUCCAGCGUCGCAAGUUGCCCGACGUUGCUUCGGUCGAACAGACACUCGCUACCGGUCUUGAUGAGGAUUACAAGAAGCCCAAAAGCAUCCUGGAACAGAUGGUCCGGCUUUUGGAUGAUGAAGCUAUUACCUGGGUGGAACGGUUACGGCUAAUUGCUAUCUACGUGCUAUAUCGCGACGGAGUUAUCACCGAGGACAUCGACAGGCUGCUUAGCCAUGCGGCCUUGCAGCCAAAUGAAAAGAUCAAAAUCACCAAUCUGCAGCAGUUGGGUGCCCGGCCUACGCGGAAGCUGAAGGAAGAACGGAAACCGCAUCCUCCGCUUUUCCCGCGAACCCCAGUCAAGAACCCAGGGGACGAAGACAAUUUUCUGUCUCGGUUCGAGCCUGCUGUUAAGCACAUGCUUGAGGAUCUGUUCAACAACAUUCUCGACCCAGCAACUUUCCCCUUUACACGGCCCCCAGCGGAUGGUGGGGCUGCCGACACUGCCAUGGCACCUGGACAAUCGCUUCGCUCGGCCGCACCGAGGUGGGCAUCAGCCAAUCGCCGACAGGUCGAGAAUCGACAGAGGGUUAUCGUGUUCAUGGCCGGCGGUGCAACCUACUCGGAGGCGCGGAUAUGCUACGAAGAAUCGGAGAAGCGAAACCGCGACAUUUAUCUUGUAUCCAGCCACAUGCUCACGCCACAACUCUACUUAAGACAGCUGGAGGACCUUUCGAUGGAUAGGAGGAGACUCGGCCUGCCGAUGGAUCGGCCGCAACCCAAGGUCCCUGAGCACUUUUAUGCUAAGCCGAAGCCUCCACCACAGCCUAUGCAGCGGCCCGCCGCACCUCCUGCAGCUGGAUCGGCACACCCUCCAACGCAGGCAAUGGGUGCGAUGACAAUCAACAGCGGCGCGGCUCCUCCGCAUGCUGGUGGCAGUAGCGCAAGGCCUCCAGCUCCGCCAGCUGGGAAGCCAGAGAAGCCAGUAAAGGAAAAGAAGAAGAGAAAUCUGUUUGGAUUGAAGAAGUCAUCCUGA